UAACCGGCAGGUGAAUUACGUCAAAAUUAAGCCUGCUGACGAAAACCUCCUAAUACAAGGGCACACAGGAAUAAUUGAUGGAAAAAUGAAGAUUUGGAGUACGGAGCAUAUAUUCAGCUACCCGUGGGAGACGGUGAUCAAGGCGGCCAUGAGGAAGUACCCCAAUCCCAUGAAUCCCAGCGUGGUGGGAGUGGACGUCUUGGACAGGAAGCUGGACACGGAUGGCCGGCUGCACAGUCACAGGCUGCUCAGUACGGAGUGGGGCUUGCCAGGCAUCGUCCGAGCGAUUCUGGGAACAAGUCAGACAGUUACCUACGUGAAAGAGCAUUCCAUUGUGGAUCCAGAAGAAAAGAAAAUGGAACUCUGCUCUACAAAUAUAACCCUCACAAACCUUGUUUCGGUUGACGAACGUCUUCUUUACAGACCUCACCCUGACAACCCUGAGAUCACCGUUCUAACCCAGGAAGCUAUCAUCACAGUGAAAGGCGUUAGCCUAAGCAGCUACCUCGAAGGCCUGAUGGCCCUCAGUAUGUCCGCCAAUGCCAGAAAGGGCUGGGAUGCCAUCGAGUGGAUCAUUCAGAACUCCGAGCGGGAAAAUGUCCCUCUAUGCGACCUCUACUAAACACGGCCUUAUAACAGUGUCUAGCGGAAGACCAGACAAACAGAAACCUCAGCAGCAGCAGACGGACAGCCACAACGAGCUGAUUACCACAACACAGCCAAGUGGACUACGUACAGUACACGCUGCCUCAGUUACGCAGACGUUAUUUUGCAGGACCUAAAGCUAAAGAGUGCAAGAGUGACAACCGAACCCAGGACAACAUGCGAGUGCCGUGGAUCUCCAGCUUGAAUGUGAACGUAUGAGUGCCACUCGAGACCAAUUGGGACAAAUUUGGAGCUGCAGACUGUCCCUGUGGCCGCUGGCAGGCAGGGAGGACAUUGGACAACGCGACACAUGCAGCCUCUGCCGUUACAGCAUGGACAAUAUUCAAAGGAAAAAAGCUUUUCUAAAUGGAAUCAGUCAAACACAGACUCUUCUUGGCAAAGUGCGCACUGAAAGCACGGAUUUACUUUUUUUUCUGCUGUGCACAUUAUUUUUUUUGUAAAAAAGACUUUGAUACACUGGCACUACACUGGUACGCAGUCUCGAUCCACAACAGACUUUUGUUUUGAAGUCUGUUGCGGUAUUUUGAUCUGUACUUUAAAAAAGAACACUGCUUAGCUAUGCAUGCCAAACAAUGGAAGGUUUUCUUUUCUAGCUUUCAUCAUGCUGUUUUUUUUUAUCAGGGUAUCCACGCAAACUUCCUAAUGUACUGUCAGAUUGCAGCUAUAAAGUAGUCUUGGCAGUGGUGUAGUCUACGUAGAACGCGGGUAUACGGAGUAUACCCACUUCUAAAUUUCAGGGAUUUCAGUAUACCCACUUGAAAUUGAUUGAUCCAUUGUUUUGAAUAGCACAUAUAUGUACAGUAUACCCACUUCAAAAACAUCUCAAAUAUACAGUAUACCCACCAUAAAAAAGUAGACUACACCGCUGAGUCAUGGUAGGUGACAGUAGAGUCUGUUGCAAGAGUGCAGGUCACUUUCAUGAUAAAGUUGGCAGUCAGCUGACAUACAGUCAGGGUCAAUCCUAGGGGCGGGCUGACCGGGCAAUUGUUCGUCACUGACCGGGCAGUUUUUCAUCAGGGGGCGGGGCAGGAGAGAGGGUGGAGAAGCACUGAGGGCGGGGCACCAGAAGGGGCAGGGCAUUGGAGGUUGCGUUGCCCAUGGCGCUCGUCAGUGAAGGAUCGCCACUGCAUACAGGGCAUUCCAUGUGUAGCAACCUGUUGUUGUCCCUCCAUGAGCUAUCUGGUGGUCUCCCUUGACUCCGGCCUGACCUAGUGAGUGGACAACUGUGUUGUGAGCUGUGCCUAUGAACUACAGGUCUGCCCGGAGAGUGCAUGGGAUUCAAUUUCAGAACUCAUAGCUUCAUCGACCAUUUGUCCGUCCGUGCCACCAACAAAUCCCUUCCAAACUGUUGACAUUACAAUACAGUUAUCUCAUGACGCCUCAAUGCACCAUUGUUGUUGAAACCACAGCCAAGUCGUCAAGUUCCAGGCCAAAAAGCUUCCUGAAUCCUAACAAACCAGAAGUGUGUAGCAGGCUUGUACGAAAUUCCGAAUGGAAAGAAUUUCAAUUCAAAGUAAUGCCAUAAUACGAACACUAGGUGGUGCUGUUCUAUGUACUUUCAAUGGGUGGUGGCUCCACCACCCUUACCCUCACCUCCGGCAGUGCUGUGCGGAACUAUACAACUAUACAUUAUGCAUUGAUAGUGAAUGCCAUCCACAUAAACGCAGGUUUUGACAAACUGUAAAAUUGUUGCCGGCCGUGCACCUGGUCUGAUGUGAAUCGUAAUCAAACUCAGUAUGUCUAAACGCUUGGCGUAGACACAGAAUGAACCCUUGACCGUGGGGAUCCAUAUUCACUGGAUGUCGAUAGGACACUGGUUUGUCUUGUGCGUUUGAAGUCAAUGGUGGGACGCAGCAGUGGAUUUGCCUGUUGUUGUAAGCCAGGUUGACCUUGAGAUAGGGAUGCAAAUUAUCGAUUAAUUCAUUAAUCAUUAGUUGAUAGCCUUAUCGAUCGACUUACGAUUAAUUGAUAAGCGGCGUUUUCCCCCCGAAAUCUCAAUGUUUCUUGAAAAAAAAACGACUAAAUCUAAACAUUUUAAUUACAAAUUGAGAUAAAAUACCAUAUUUAAAUGAGUUCUAUUUCAAUUCUUUAAUCCAAAGGCGUUUUAAAUAUUCCCACUUUUCACACCCCUGUUCACGCACACUCUUCACAUGGCCAUUUCACCUGGGUCUCUUGUAGGUUGAAUUGUCGAUUAAUUGCGAUUAAUGUUUUUUUAACCGAUUAACACAUUGAUCGAUUAAAGUCGAUUAAUCGAUUCAUCGUUUGCAUCCCUACCUUGAGAUGUGGUAAAUCUAGUAGAAGCAUGGAGUCAUCUUGUUAAUUUACUAAAUGAUGCCUGCAUUCUAUCUAUUAUUAGGUUUGCCACUUCCUAUCACGUAACCAUGGUCUUGGAAUUACCCCCCAGGAAUGUCUAGGUGUCUAUGUUAAUCUAACAUCAACCACUGCAUUUUAAAAGUCAGAAACACCUGUGGUAGGGCUUGGAGAUCGCAAGGACUAGAGCCAGUUAAGUACAGAACCAGCAGGUAAAGUCAGCAGAGUUUCAAAGAUGACGCUAUCAGUAUGAUUAUGAUAUCCAUAUAGCAUAAUAACAUGUAGUUCCAUUCCAUUCACAAGUAAUAAAGAGAAUAAAUUGAAUGGAUUGAUUAUAAAUGAGACAUGACUACAAACUUUGAACUACUGGCUGAAUGCAAUGUGUAGAUUGCUCAUACAUAUUUGUUUGCACUUUUUGAAAGAAAAAGAAAAAGACUGGUUUAGCACUUUAUUUUUGUUUACAUUCUAUGCAUAGUUAAACACGAAUGCCACAGGUAGCCAUCACUGAUUCGUUUUGUUUACGUUUUGUUAAUGCUGAAUGUGAUAGGAUGUUAUUUGUAUCUAAAAUGGAGCACAGGAUAUUUAUUGCAAUUGAAGGUGAAAAUAGUUCAUGCUCUGACAUUAGUAAAGUAAAAGCCUCUGUAAGCCCCCAACUUCAUCACGUCUGUUUUGUUCUUUUGCUUAUUUUACCUAAAAUAUACAAAUGUUACUAAUCACAUUUUAAAGCAUCCAUCCAGAGUCAUUCUUGUUUAAAACUAGAUGUAACAAGUCCCUGACCAAAGUAAAAGCUGAAUGUAUCCCCUGAUAUGACUAUUCAUCUGGGAGGCACAGUGAGUGCGUUGCAAUAUGCGACCUUGCCUCCUCCACUUGCUUCUCGUCAUGAUGACAUCACUGACAACAGCAUUAUAUUUCAAUAUCUUGCAAAAGCUCAAUUGUAGAGUCUUUUUCUCAUUUGCAAUUGGGAUGGUGAAUGAAAAACAGUCCCUCAAAAUUUGUUGUGGCUAGGCUGACAGCUGGGAAACUUUAUCGUUUUCUCCACGGAGGAGGGGCCAGGAGGCGGGACGAGGAGACAAGCUCAAGUGGAGGAGGCAAGGUGGCAUAUUAAAACGCACUCAGUAUGUUCUCAACUCUCCUCUCUGUCACACGUUACCAGCAGAGGGCAGUAGACUCAGGUUUGAACUGUGCUCCAACUGUGAAUACCCCGCAGCCUUGGAACUGGACACUGAAGUGUAAUAAUAGUUUCAUUCUCCCUGCCAGCAUGUCAAGCUUUGCAGAUAAAGAGACGAGUGCCUGAAUACAUUCCAGUUUACAUUGCAGACAAAAGAACCACAGCACUUGGUGUUUGCUUGUUAUUUAUUUCACAAAUACCACCCUCAGAUACUCAUUUUUACAUUCCACAUGGCAUUUGCAAGGGAACUCGAGUCGUGCAUUAAUGCAGUUGCCUUUUUUUUACACUCAAGAGUUUUUAUCCAUUCAUACCCAACACAAAUACUGUUUAGAUAGAAACAAUGAGAAAACAGAAAAUGAUUUUGGGUAUAUUUCCGAGUCAUGCAUAUGGCCACCAUGACUAACUCAAAGUGAAAUGAAAAUACCCACUACCACAGAAAGAUAUUCUUGGUGGGUAUGGUGGCUCUACAUUCAUAAUUGUUAAUGUUCCACAGCACAGUUGGUACCACUCGCUAAUAACGGUAAAAUAAAAGCAUGGAUUAUCGGCAACAUUUUGUAAGGCAUUGGUGAAUCUCGUAUUUUAACUGUGUACAAUGCACUGAAGUACUCCUCUGCUAUUCCAGCAAAGUAACACAUUCAUACUCAAUACGAAAUGUAUAAAAGUGAAAAACAAUACCAAAAACAAUAGAAAAAUAUUGCACACAAUUAUGUAACAAAUGUUUUAGGUAAACAGUUUUCUAUAACACUCAUCAUGCUCCUUAAAAAAACAAACAAUAACAACUUUCCUCCCAAAUGUCUGGGUACAAUCAGUUCCAUGGGUGUCUAUUCAAUCGGACCACCUGAAUCCAUACAAACAAAAUCUCUCUUUGAAACAAAAGCAAAACGAAAACUCCCUUUUUGGUCUGACGAUACAUUCUGUUUGCUGAGGAAGACCUUUGAGGCCUCGACACUUGACUGAAAUCAUCAACGCAAAAUCAUCCCCAAGAAUGGGGACAUUCACUUACUGUAAUACCUUAUUUGCCUCUUUCCCCUAGAGCAGUGUUUCCCAACCUUUUUUGACUCGUGUACCCCCUAAGCUUUUUUGUUGUAGCUCAAGUACCCCUAGCCCAUGCUCUCUAUAUCUAUUCCUUUAUCCCAAUAUGACUAUGCUCCAUUCUCCACGUACCCCCUGAGGUGUGCUCGCGUACCCCUAGUGGUACACGUACCCCUGGUUGGGAAACACUGCCCUAGAGUGACAACACACAAUAAAUAAUACAAAAUA